CAUUUUGUUCGCGGACGCUGGGGACGGUGGGAGCAGAUCCAUUUCCGGGUUGGCAAAAGGGGCGGCGGCGGCGAGAAAAGGAGCUUGCCGGGGGGCGAGCAGGACGGGACGGGGCCGGAGCGGAGGUGGCGGAGGAUUCGCUCCCGGAGCCGCUGCGGCCAGGUAUAUGAGUGACCUAAAGCUGCAAAUUAAAACGGAGAGAGAGCAGUGCCAACUGCAAGCAGGGCAAGGAUGCCAAUUCCUCCUCCCCCUCCACCACCCCCUGGUCCUCCUCCACCUCCCACUUUUAAUCAGGCAAACACUGAGCUGCCCAAGCUGAGUAGAGAUGAGCAGCGGGGUCGAGGUGCUCUCUUACAGGACAUCUGCAAAGGGACCAAACUGAAGAAGGUGACCAACAUUAAUGAUCGGAGUGCUCCCAUCCUUGAGAAACCCAAAGGAAGCAGUGGUGGUUAUGGCCCUGGAGCAGCUGCCCUGCAGCCCAAGGGAGGUCUCUUCCAAGGAGGAGUGCCCAAGCUCCGCCCUGUGGGAGCCAAGGACGGUUCAGAGAACCUAGCUGGUAAGCCAGCCCUCCAAGUCCCCAGUUCUCGAGCUGCUGCCCCAAGGCCUCCGGUGUCUACAGCCAGCGGGCGCCCUCAAGAUGACACAGACAGCAACCGAGCCUCACUCCCAGAACUGCCCCGGACGCAGAGACCCUCGCUACCGGACCUCUCUCGGCCUCACGCCACCAGCAGUACGGGCAUGAAGCACAGCUCCUCCGCCCCUCCUCCGCCUCCCCCGGGGCGGCGUGCCAACGCGCCCCCCACACCUCUGCCUAUGCACAGCAACAAAGCCCCGGCCUACAACCGAGAGAAACCCCUGCCGCCCACACCUGGACAGAGGCUUCACCCGGGUCGAGAGGGACCUCCUGCCCCGCCCCCGGUCAAGCCGCCUCCUUCCCCUGUGAAUAUCAGAACGGGACCAAGUGGCCAGUCUCUGGCUCCUCCUCCGCCGCCUUACCGCCAGCCUCCUGGGGUCCCCAAUGGACCCUCCAGUCCCACUAACGAGUCCGCCCCUGAGCUGCCACAGAGACACAAUUCUUUGCAUAGGAAGACACCAGGGCCUGUCAGAGGCCUAGCGCCUCCUCCACCCACCUCAGCCUCCCCGUCUUUACAGAGUAACAGGCCACCUCCCCCCACUCGAGACCCGCCCAGUCGGGGAGCAGCUCCUCCACCCCCGCCACCCAUGAUCCGAAAUGGUGCCAGGGAUGCUCCCCCUCCCCCACCGCCGUACCGGAUGCAUGGCUCAGAACCCCUGAGUCGAGGCAAGCCCCCACCUCCGCCCUCAAGGACGCCGGCUGGGCCACCCCCUCCUCCUCCACCGCCUCUGAGGAAUGGCCACAGAGAUUCCAUUACCACUGUCCGAUCUUUCUUGGAUGAUUUUGAAUCAAAGUAUUCUUUCCAUCCAGUAGAAGACUUUCCUGCUCCAGAAGAAUAUAAACACUUUCAGAGAGUAUAUCCCAGCAAAACCAACCGAGCUGCCCGUGGAGCCCCACCUCUGCCACCCAUUCUCAGGUGAAGCCUGGCUUGGUCCUGUUCCUCAGGAAAAGAAUGACCCUCUCCUCUUCUCAGAUGGUCCCUUCCAUUCCCCUGAAACCUGCAUGACAGCUCCUAACGUGUUUUUCCAGUGCAACCAACCUCUAGACUCCAAGCGUCCUCCCAGCUCACUUCCAUCUAUGCAUCUUGAUUCUGGACUUGGUGACCGGACUCUUUGUAUUGACAGUGGGGUCUCAAACCCUGCGUCCAUCCCUCCUCUAGCAAGCCCUGCUGGCCAGAUGAGGAAAAAGCUUCCGUGUCUUCUGCUUUCCUUUGGGGAAAGGUGCCUUGUGAUGAAUUAACUCGUUGUUGGGGCAGGGUGGAGAAUGAUACUCCUGCUUUCUCCUACCCACUGGGGGGGGAGCUUGGUGGGUAUAUAUUGUAUUUCAUCAUUCUAGGAGGCUGGCGUGGCCAGGACCUCUGGGGUGGGCAUUUUUAGUGAAAUGGAAAAGGAGUUUGCGGAGAAGUGAUCUGUUUUAAAGGUCAGGUUUAGAGAAUGGGCAGGGAAAUGGAUCUGUUUAUUUUUAGGGGUAAUUUGAUUUUGCUCUCACCCCACCCCACGCCCCUACCCAGAAGUAAGUUGGAUGUAAACACUAAAUACUAAUCAAUUGAACUAAACAUCUAAUAAAAGGAGAGGGUAGAAUAACCCGGGGAUCCUUUUAGAGCUAGUCAUUUCCUCCGCAGCACAGGGACCAGGAGCCAUUUGAGCCCUCUGGGGCUCCCUGCUCCACUUCCUCAGGUGCUGAGGCUGAGGGAUGUUUUUCUUCCUCUCACCACCUGUCCCUUUCAUUCACUCAUCAUGGAGUCACACACCCCAGAAACCUCUAGUGAGAGAUAGGAAACUAGGACCUUGGCCUUGGCCUUAACCUUGACCUUGAUCUUGAGGCUGCCUCACUCUUUCCUGGAUGACCCCGAAGGCCAUGGGCCCUUUCAGUCCUGAUCAGAAACUUUAGCCCCAGAUGGAUGCUCCAGCAUGACAGAGAAGGGAAGGGUGGAGGACCAGCUCUGUGGGUCUGUAGCCCAUCUGACUGAGCAGACUCUUCCCAUUCCUUCCUCUGCCACUCAACCCCAGGACUGCAGGGGUUAACACAGCAGAGCAGAGAAAGGCAAGGCAGCUUUUGGGAUAGUCAGAGAUUCCUCUGUGUCAAGAAGCACAAAGACUUUGGUGAGGUGAGCCUCAGUCCAGUUGCCUUUCCCUGGCAGCCAGCAAUAUGUUUGUUUCCGUCUUCCAGGUCCUGGUUAAAGAGCCCAGAGAAAACGGAGGUUCCCAAUCUGCGUAGGAACCGAGCUUGGCUCACGGUACAGGGACUUCCCCUUGUCUGAGAGCGCGCUGGAGCGCCUGGGCUCCACGCAGAAGAUGGUUUGAUUUGCCAAAGCUCUUGCCCAGUGCAGAGGCUGCUCAAAGCUCGAGGGAGAGUAAAGGAGCCAUGGCUGUCGCUUAGAAUGGAUGGGGAAAGUCAGUGAGAACUUUUCAUCAGAUAUAUCGCAGGCUUAGACUGCCCUAGGAGCCUUUCCAAUCUAUGGGAUCUUGGACUAAGGAUCUGUACAUGGUGCCCAGUGAAACCCAGGUCUUCCCCGUGCUAGAGGAGAGAGUUCUCAACUUGGGGUAUAUGGGUCUGCUAUCCUUUGCCAUCCCCUGGACCACGUUGGCUCCUCGGGCAAACCAGGAUUAGGUCUGUCACCACACUCGUUCUAAUCAUUCUUUAUUUAGCAUUCUUAUUUUCAAAUCUGUUAGCAGUUGCCUCCCAGCAGUAUCCCCAGCAUCCCGAAGCCAGGAGAGCUGAGAGGGGGGAUGCAGGUGGAGGGAAAAGAAAGUACAAGACCUGAGACUGCAGCAGGUUCCAGGGUAGAUGCUGACAGGUUACUGAACUCGGACUGUGAAGUCUUCCCAUUUAUUUUUGAAAUGGGAGUUGAUGCCUUUUGUACAAUGUUAUCAAAGCGGAUCUUUUUUCCCCCUUUACUGAAACACAGAGCGUCAAAAUAAGCAUCAUAUGUGAAAGCCAAACCUCAGCUUUUCAUUGGGGCUGAUAUCUUCUUCCCCUAUGACCUGCUGCCCCUCGUAUUCCCCAGCGUUUGGACUGUGUCAUGUGGGUGUUUGAUUAUAUUUUCAUUUUCUUGGUCUCAUGAGAAAAGGCCUGGGAGUAGAUCGAGUCAGAUGGAUCUUCUUUUUCGGAGCAUGUUGAUGACACAGUACCUAUUUAAAUGUCUUUGCCUUAUGCAUAAUUUGGUCCCUCUGUUAAUAACAGAUUUAUUAUGUAUAUUUACUGUCGAAGAAUGGGAAUGUGAUCCUCAUAGUUACUGAUCUAUUUUGUAUGCUGUAAAAAGCUUGUAAUAUAGGUUUAAGGUGGGCUGGCUACAAGAGCACUAAAACUUCUCACCUUUUAAACUGUUCUUUUUAUCUGCUUGUGGGAUUGUCGUCUCUUCGGUGGAAGAUUGGGUGGUCUCAUGUUGAGGCUGUAGCCCAGUCCCAUUAACCCCCUUACCCACCCCCACCCACCCCCACCACCAAGAAGGAAGAGACAUUGCCCAGCUGAGCAUCAGGAAAACUGUUAGAAGCCCUUGAAUGGGUUUGGUUUUAUGAUGUUUUUCUCCAGUGGGAAAAAACUUAGUUGUUUCUUACCGCCCUUUCUGGGAAACAGGGCCGUGGCCCCCAGGUUUUUAAAUGAGCUAGAUGCCCCUCGCCCCUCUUCUCUUGUCCCCAAACCUGGAUCACAGCACUUGGAUAUUCCAGGGGUGGUCUUCUCUGUCGUGGGGACUUCCUCCAGCUGCAGAGGCCCAGCAUUUUCUCAGCCUGGGCCCGCAGAGUGAGAGCACUAAGGGCUGUCCCCCCUCGGAUAUGAGGCUCCCGUCUCCAGAAAUUCAUCCCAUCCCAACUGGCAAAGGCAAGGAGACUAGCCACUGGCCUUGGCCCUGGGGCCACCCCCUCGCCCCCUGGCUUCCCGACUGGAAACCCAGAUUUACCUCCAGGGAGAGGUGAGAUAAAUUUGUAAAUAGACUUACCACAGAGCAACUCAGGGUUGGGGUGUAUUUUAAUUCUCCUGAUCACUUGAAAUAAUCUGUAGGCCGAGUGCUUAUGGGAGUGGGGGAGAAGUGUGACUCCAGGGUCCUUCCCUUCUGCAGAGCGCUGGGGGCGGAGUGCAGGGCAGCUGAGGCCCUUUGAUGGCACUACACUGAGCUGUCUGUUCUUCUGGAAACCCAACCUACCAUCAGCUGCAAGUCAAAUUCUUCACAUGCCAGUUGUAGUCUUUCUUUAUCUAUUGAAUCUCAGUCCCUGGCCGUAUGUGGUCAAGGUGGCUUUCUGUGAGCCACCCCAGUUUAGGGAAUGGGAGGCGUUACAACUCAUCCCCUAAAAGCAAAGUGAAGCAAAACUACAACCACCUUCAAAACACAUAUUAAAAAAAAAAAAAGGAUAACAGUUUGACCGAAGGAAGGGUUUGGUUCCAUUCAACUCCACGUUCAUUGUGCCUUUACUUGUGUUAGAUUUCUGUGCUGUCUUCCUUGCUCCCUCUUUGAAGCAAUUAAAAUCUUCCUUGAUAACUGCGGUUUCCUUCUUUUUACUCCUGUUUCUGACAACUUAGUGGGUUCCCUCUCUAAUUGUCUUAAAUCUCAUUCCACUGGUGGCAGAGGGGGCCGAGCCUUCUUUUCUCGUGUCUGACCUUUGUCCUUUCCCACGGCGACCAGCACGGGAGCCAUAGUCAACACUGAAUAAAAGACUAGAUUGACAUGUGUGAAGAGUGUGUGUGUGUGUGUGUGUGUGUGUGCGCGCACGCGUGCGUGUCCAUCCUGCAUGUAGAUCAGUUUCUUUUAAAAAAUAAUUUAUUGUAUGAUUUAUUUUGGAGUUGUUUCUGAUUACCGUGUUCCCUCUCCCAAUUAGUAUUGAUUUUCCCUCCCCUUUCUACAAUGUAUAAUCCAGUCUCAGGUUGGAUUCUUUGGUACAUGUCUUUCUUCUGGAUGCCGUGCGGUUUAAUUAAACCUUGCUUAAAAACAAAAACAAAAAAACCUGAAAACUGUGUACUCUUGUCUGGACUCCCGCUGCAAGUGGUGGCAUAGAGAGGAGAAAAUCUGCUGCUUCGGGUUAGGGUAGUGGUUUGACCCCAGGUUCCCUGAGAAAGUAGAUGUACUAACUUGGGCAGAAGCAUCUGCAGCUUCCUGAGCGUCUUCUCUCCUCCCCUCCAGCUGCUUUGAAGAAUCACAGUUGUAGUUAGCCAUGCGGACUGGCUAAUUCUGAAAGAGCUGGUCGUGAUUUCUCUUUGCCACCAACUCCCCUUUGCCCGUGAUUUCGGGGAACCCAGGAGACCCCCCUGGCCUCGUGUCUUUUCCUUACAUUCCUAAGGGCUCUCUCCUCCUGUGUGCGUGGUAGAUUCUCACACUGAGAUGUGAAGAAAAGGUGAAGGCAGAGCAUACAGAGCAGGCGUGUAUUUUUACGUGGGUGUUGCCUUUUCUUUUUUUUCUUCACUGCUUUUUAAAUGGAAAUCUUAAGCUGGCUUUCUUGAACUUUGACUUUAGGUGUAAAAAUUGAACCCGACAGUCUCUGCUGACUGUAGUCAGCUGACAGAAUCACCACUAAGACUUAAUGAGCUUAACGUGCACUUUCAUCACUAGCAAAGGUCUUGGAAUCAUUUCCUGUACUGAUUCAUAAUGGGUGUGUGUAUGAGUCACUCUCACAUAAUUUAGAUUAAAAAAAAAAAAAACCUAUGAGGGGGAGGGAAGGGGAGGGGACACAGACCUCCUUUCAUUUUCAUCCAUACUUGCCAGAUUGGCUGAAUCCCUGAUUAUUUGACCCAGCGUUGUUAUUAAUAUGAUUAAUAAACUAUAUUUAUUGAUUUAA